AUGGUGCAGAAGUUCCUCACCAAGUUCUUUAAGGAUCUGCCAAGAACGAAUCGGCCAGAAGAUGUCACAUUUAGGGAUGACAUAAUCACGUAUGUGCGUGAUAUCUAUGGCCGAUUGAUAAACGAACCAGAGCUCGUGAACGCGAUAACAUCAUCCGACUAUCUAAGAGAAAUCUAUGAUAUGAUGGAUAAAGAAGUUUUUGGACUACUGGACAGUCAUAAAAUAAUGGAGGCAUUAUCUAUUAUUGCUGUCCAUAGUGACUCAAAUUCGCAGGAUCUUAUCGAGAUGGGAAUCGCUAAGACUCUGUUUGCCCUUUACGAGAAAUUCCAUACAAACACUGAGACGCAUAAACUGGAUAUCGUCACACUUGCGUGGUCUCUGAUGCCAAAUCUCCCAGAAAGAUAUAAAAUAAACAACUUGAUGAGGGAGGCGGCAAUCAGAAAUUUAAAGACCACCCAAUGGCAAAGGGAGGUAGAGAGAAAUGUUUGGAUUCCCUUUGCCCCUAGAGUGAACGACGAGAUUGAAAUUUGCCGCCGAAGGACCAAAAAGGAUAAGCUUCUCAUAAUCGAAUCGGGUUCGAUAUGUGAAGUAUUUAUCGAUAAGAUGCAACAUUUGGACCAUUCGAAUGGUAGAGUAACGAGCAUCAAAUGGAAGAAGAGAAAAGUGUAUGAGGUCCUCAAAUUGAAGAAGACGAAGAAAAGUACAAAAUACCGUUUGAAAACCAAUUUUGUACAUUUCGCCUUCUUGUUAGUCGGCAAAAGAUUCUAUGGUUGUCACUAUGACGUCGAUCGAUAUCAGUGUUUGGAAGUUCUACUGUCUUUGGUCAUGAAUAUGACAAGAGAGCAACACGACCGAAUAGUACCCAGCACUAAAAAUUGCGGGGUGGUGGAAACUGUGAGAAAUUUGGAGUGGGUGAUACAUACUUGGAAGGACAGUGACAUCGGAUUAUUAGCGUUGGAAGUUAUUGCAGAAUUACUUACAAACUUUCCCGACAUAUAUGAAGAACCCUGCAGAAAGGAAGGAGUACAAUCUAUAGUGGAAUCCACUUUCAAAGAAAAAGUUGAGGCAAUAGAUUUGGUAAGAUACAUACAACAGUCAGAAGCGUUGCAGGCAAUAGAUUUGGUAAGAUACAUACAACAGUCAGAAGCAGCAACCUCUGUGUUUGUUACCCUACCCAGACGUCCAGUAGGUUUAUGCGAAGCAUUGGAAGACAUCAAAAUAAUUUUUGAGAACACCGAGCUGUCACUUUACGAGAUACGUGCAUCAGGUGCAGUAUCUAAACUACACAGAAUUCUUACAGAAAUGUCAUACCACGAAGAUUUCUACGAUAAAUUAAGGACUUUCUUGAAUGUGUUCGCAAAUUUACCUAAAGAAAAAAAUGCUACAGUUGUCGAGAUAGUGUCUAAUACAUUUGAGAGAGCUGUGGGCAUUUUGAAUGAUAUCAUAAAACAAUGCUCUCAAUUCAAAGGCACUUUGACAACUAAUUAUCCCAUAAAAUAUAUCUAUGCAGCUGGGGUCAGAACAAUUGGAAAAUUGAGCAGAAAAACAUUACGAAUUACUAUCCGGUCAUCAGAAAAUGAGUCGAUAGUGUUCAACAAUUCAGUAUUUCCAUUCACCACCAUUCAGUACCUAGAAUCUUAUCUACUGCAUGUAAUGAGUGGUUAUAGAGAUUAUAAACAAUGGAACGAAUCGAUCGAGGGAAAAAUUGAGCUGUACCUAAAUGAAUGUCCUCUACCUCCCCACCUGACUGUACUAGAAGCCGUACGUCUAUACCAGAGUUUCCCCCUGUCAAACAUUUUCGAACACGAUCACGUUUUCACAUACAAAGUCAGAAAUGUCGGUUUAUCUUGUCCGAACACUAUGGAACAUUUGGAACCGAAACGUUACCCACUAGAAAGCCACUUCAGAAGAAUGAUUAAUCUAGGCGACGAAGAAUAUUAUGAUCAAGCACUGCAUUUAUUACAAAUCUUUUAUGGAUUGAAUAGAUAUUGGGCCUCUUUGUAUUCCUCGUUGGAACACAAAUUCAUUAUUGACAUGAAUGUGUUUGUAAAUCCUACCAUCGACAAUGCGAUGUAUAACACAUUGAUAGACCCUUUCAACGCAGUUGUGCAAAACUACCCCGAAUGGAUGAACGUAGUCGCUCGUUGUCCGUUCCUUUUAUCCCUUAACACUAGGAAACUAGCAUUCAGGGUGUUGUCUUUGGACAGACAUCGAGCCCUGAGAAGCGUGAUGGAAUAUUAUAAGGCAUAUUCCGCAGCUCUGUUAUUUGAUAACCGAUAUCCGUUGAUCCAAGUGGACAGAACGCGUGUUCUGGAUCAGUUUCAUGAGGUGAGACCAAUUUUAGGAUUUCGAAUAGAAAAUUGUUAG